AUGAGAAUUGCCCGCGCCCGCGACAGCAGUCCAGACCCCAAGGCUCCGGCAGAUCGCAGGUCGAACUUUUCGCAAAAGGGGGAUCGAAGAAGAGGAACGGAAAGUUCGGAUGACGGGGAGUCCAGCUCUGAGAGGGAGACGAGUCGGCUCUAUCCACCAGUCAAGCCGGUUGUCCGCGCGAGGGCGCAGGUCACCAAGGGACGUGAAGCGCAGUUACUCAGGGGAUACCUAGACUCCAAGCAGGUGAAGCCUGUACACUGUCGUCGCACGCUGGACCAGUUUUCCUACUAUAUGUUGAACUCGACCGAGGCUCGGGACAAGGGCCAAGUAGCCUACAGGUGGGCGAGAAACCCCGCCGUGUGCGCCGAACCCAAGAACCGACCCAUCGUCAUGGUCGAUCAGCUGUGGCUCUGGGCCUUCCACGACGGGACAGUCAUUACCAGCUCACCGAACACGUGGAACGGACAGGAGGAGUUCAAUUUCAGCAACGUCGUCGUCAGGGAGCUUCGAUACAACAAGGACCGGCAAAUCAUCAAAUCGGUCGAGGAUCUCCUCCACCUAAUCCUCAAGACCAGCGUCGACUUCUUUCAGCGCAAGGGCCCCGCCAAUUUCCAGUUCCACGAGUGUUUCCAGUCGUCCAUCAACAACGUCUCGGAGAAGCAAGGCCGUCUCUUUAACAACUUUCGCAACACCACCCAGAAACUACACAUUGGCGCGCUGGAGCCGGUGGAGAGAAAGAGAGAGAUUGAGUUCCUCUUCAGUUUGGACCAAGAGACGGAGCUCCUGGUCGAGAUCAUGGACAUCCAAGACGAGCUGACCAUCGUCAAGACCAUCCUGGCGCAGCAGCACGACGUGCUCGAGAAACUGCUGCGGCUGUACCCCAAGAAGGUGGACGAGGACGCUGACGAGGAGAUCAGGGCGCCUGCGCUGUCCGGCGGCCUGGGCAAGGGCGAGCUGAUGGUUUUGCAGAACCUGGUGCAGCUGCUUAAGGACCAGACCGCGGUGGGCCCUGACGGGAGUGGACCGUCGCCGAUGACGCCAAGGCCUUCGUUUCGAGACACGUUACAGGCCGGCGGGCUGAGUGCGCAGGAUGGUCAACUUCUGAGGGGUUCUAGGCCGAAGGGGAAGGAGAAAGAAGCCGAGCAGGCGAGGGCGACGGCGCUUCCAGUCAAGAAGACCAACAUUCUCCAGAACCGGGAUCUUAUGUACGAGACGAUUGGGAUUGUUGAGAACAAUAUGCGGAUCAUCACGGACAUGCUGGCUUAUGCCGAAAAGCUUGAGAACCUGCUCGAUCUCAAGCAGAAACACGCAAACGGCUGGGAGGCGCGGUUCGCGCGUGAAGGAUCGGAAGAAUCGCAGCGGCAGGGAAACAUCAUCCUUGUUUUCACUCUCGUCACCGUCGUUUUCCUUCCUCUGUCAUUCAUCACAAGCUUCUUUGCCUUGGACAUCGACAUCUUCCCCAAAAGCCCCGAAACUGGUGAAACCGCCUGGCCUAUCGGUCAAGUAUCAAGCUACCUUUGUACGCACCUCGUUUGCGAUCCGUUCAGAGUUCGUCAGUGCUAA